AUGGGCUUCCACCGCGUAGAGAUAUAUACGUGGAAGAACACAUCCGACUUCCCCAUCGCCUGCAACAACCUACUCCAGCUUCUCCUCGAAAAGUCCGAAAUCCUCAAAACACCGUCCUCACGCCCAAUUAGGCCCUGGGGCCUCGGCUUUGGCUACGGCGACCAGACCAUAGCGCUCUGCACCGAGCUCUCCCGCGCGGCGCUGCAGCACGUCUCGCGCGAACUCGGGUCGUCGCCCGUUGCGUUCGACCUGCUGCGGCCCGGGUCGGCCACGGCGCUGCAGCGGGUGCUGCUGAGGCUUGUGUGUGUGGUCACGCAGAUCCCGUACGCGAACAUGCUCACGGAGGAGGAGUACCGCGGUAUGCUGGUUUCGGCGGGGUAUGCGCGCGAGGACAUCACGGUGUGUGAUGUGUCGGCGGAGGUGUUUCCGGGGCUGGAGCGGUUUAUCGGUGUGCGUGGGGAGGUGGUGAGGGAUGUGGGGGUUUUGAAGGGGUGGGGUGGGUUUGCGGCGGCUGGGAGGGUGGUGGGGUGGUGGGGAGGGAUGGGGUUGUGA